AUGGCAUCCAUGAUACCAGAGGCUGACCUGUUCUCUUUUCGAGAGUACCUCAAAAAAUGUGAUCGUAUCAUAGCUGUUAUCGGAGCUGGACUCUCUGCAGCGUCCGGCCUUCCCACCUUCAGAGGUGUGGGAGGUUUGUGGCGACGCUAUUCCGCCAUCGACCUCGCAACCCCAGAAGCAUUUAAUGCAUCGCCAGGUUUGGUCUGGCAGUUCUACAGCUAUCGACGGCAUAUGGCGUUAAUGGCCAAGCCUAAUAAGGCACACUAUGCCUUGGUUGAACUGGCAAAACGGAACCCCAAUUUUAUAUCGUUGACUCAGAAUGUGGAUGGUCUCUCUGAGCGCGCCGGCCACGCAGAGCCCCAGCUACAGCGUCUUCAUGGCUCCUUAUUUACAAUCAAAUGUGCUGAUGAAUAUUGCACGUAUGUUCGUCACAAUGAUUUUACGGAUCCUUUUGUUCCUGCAUUGGAGAUCCCAAGGGCGUCAAAUGUCAACCCCAAUCCGAGUGAUCAUACGGGAGCAGCCGCGGGGCAGGUUUUAGAAGAUGCUAUGAAGGCAGCUGGUGCGCCAAGCUGGGUGACUGGACAAGGGGAGUUAGACAUUUCAAAUCCAGAUGUGCCUAUUCCAAAUUUGAGACCAGAAGACCUGCCACCAUGCCCGCAGUGUUCAAACGGGUUACUCCGGCCGGGUGUUGUGUGGUUUGGAGAGCCACUGGACGACAACACCAUCGAAUAUGUUGACAAAUGGGUCGAGAAGGGCCCAGUAGAUUUGGUUUUAGUUAUUGGUACAAGCGCUCAGAUAUUUCCUGCGGUUGGCUACAUCGAUAGCGGGAGAGAUCAAGGUGCUCGUGUGGCUAUAAUCAAUAUGGACAGAACUCACUUGCCCAGGAGUGGUAUGAAACCGGGAGACUGGAUAUUUGAGGGCGACGCCAGUGUCAUUCUUCCAGAGCUCCUCAAAGACAUUAUCGGCGAAGUAGAGUUACCAGAAGACCAGCAGGCUUCUUAA